UUUGAUAUCUUGCCAUCGUCGAAGUAUUUUCCUCACAGGUUCGCACAAGGUCAGGGGAACACGACCAUUAAUAUUUCCGCUGCGCCGUGUGACUUUCCCCAACAUUCUUGUUUGGCCAUUAUCAUAAUCGUCUUGGUUCUCAUCUUAUUUUUCAGAAAGAGAAAGAGAUCAAGUUGCAAAGUUACACGUCCAUCCCUCGAAAUGAAAAACAGAAGAUUUACUUAUUCAGAAGUCAAAGAAAUGACUAAUAACUUUCAAGUUGUUCUUGGUAAAGGAGGCUUUGGUGUUGUUUGUCAUGGUUAUCUAAAUAAUGAACACGUAGCAGUCAAAAUUCUAUCUCAGUCAUCAACUCAAGGCUAUAACGAAUUCAAAACUGAGGUCGAACUACUGCUAAGAGUUCACCACGUAAAUCUAGUAAGCCUCAUUGGAUACUGUGAUGAAGGAAAUGAUUUGGCUCUCAUAUACGAGUACAUGGGGAAUGGAAAUUUAAAAGAACGUCUCUCAGGAAAACGUAGAGGCUCUAUUUUGAAUUGGUCGAAUAGACUUAAAAUAGCUAUCGAGUCUGCAUUAGGAAUUGAAUAUUUGCAUAUUGGAUGUAAGCCGCCAAUGGUCCAUAGAGAUGUGAAAAGUACCAAUAUAUUGUUAGGCGAAACUUUUGAAGCAAAACUUGCCGACUUUGGACUUUCAAGAUCUUUUCUAGUGGGAAGUAACACUCAUGUAUCAACAAACGUUGCUGGCACUAUUGGAUAUCUUGAUCCCGAAUACUACCAAAAGAAUUGGUUAACGGAGGAGAGUGAUGUUUAUAGCUUUGGGAUAGUGUUACUGGAGAUUAUCACUGGCCAACCUGUGAUUGAACAAUCACGUGAAAAGCCUUACAUUGUAGAAUGGGCCAAGUCUAUGCUCGCAAAUGGUGAUAUUGAUAGUAUUAUGGAUCCGAAUCUCCAUCGAGGAUAUGACAAAAGUUCAUCUUGGAAAGCUCUUGAAUUAGCAAUGUCAUGCAUCAACCCUUCUUCCACAGAGAGACCAAACAUGACAAGGGUUGCUCAUGAACUCAACGAGUGUUUGGAAAUAUAUGAGAACUUAAGCAAAAGGAGCCAAGAUGCAAAUUCAACCAAUUCCAUGGGACAUGGCACAAGUUUCAUCAGUGAUACUCCUUCAGCUCGUUAAUCUUUUUAUCUAUAUAUUUGAAAGAUACUCUACACAGGUUGUGUUUAAGUCUGUAAUGUGAAUAUGUUUUAAAGCUCUUAUCAAAACAAUGAUUCAUAUUUCUACAAGAGCUUGAUGACUGCCAACUGAGAUAAAAUAGUUAUAUUACAUACUACCUAUGUUCCUAUAAGAUGUUUUUGGUAAAAAAUAUUAUUAAAAUUAUAAAUUAAAAGUUAUUCAACCAAUUACAAAAUAAACAACAAAUAUGUUUAAUUACACCAUAUUUGAUACAGUUAAAUACCUAAUGUAUGAUAAAUUACAAACUUGAGGCUUCUCCUCCCCUCAAGCAGACCUCAUCUGUAGUGGAUCGGAAGCUCAGACGUUCGUAGGUUCCCCUCUCAUGGCGGAAGCCUUAGCAUGCAGAUCAAGUCUCCACCACGCCCUUUCGCUAGGGUUGAAGAGUCUCCAGGUCCUAUCCGACAAUCAGACGCUCGUGCCAGCCAUCAACACCAAGCUGAUUCCCCAUGAGAUCUUUGGUAUCGUCUCAGAUGUCAAGCAUCUCUCAGCUUUGUUUCUCUCUAUUUCUUUCAACUAGAGGCCGAGCCCCGCGCAAGCGCGGGGUUAUUUGUGUAUGCUGUUGUUGUUCAGUUUUACUUAGUGUUAGCGUUGUUAGUUAUGUUGUUCUUACACUUGUGUUGGUGCGUGCAGUUAUUUGGCAAAGCAGAGGGUCAGAGAUGGUGGAAUUAGUAGGGAGGCAGCGGUUUGUUGUUGAUUACGUGUAGGACGCUUUGUGAACGAAGACCAGUUGAUACAUUUAUAUUUUUUGUAUUUAGUUGUCUGCAUCCCAAUUCCCACCGAGGAACAUAUGAUUGUGUGCUUGUGUCACUUUUCUGGGGUUUUUGUUUUGUUUUGGUGGCUAUUGGAUUUUAGUUGGUUUCUUUGUUGCAUUGUUUAACGUCGAUGCCAUGUAACUAUCUGAACAUGUUCUCAUGCAUGAAGCAAAAGACAUGCUUAUUUUCAUGAAAUGCAAAGACCAAUCAACGUUCCCCUUUAUUUAAAAACCAAGUAACUCUUCUCCUGGUGGGAGAUAGUUUGCAGAUAAUUAAAUACAACCAAAGUUGAAAGUAGGAAAAAACAUACGAAAAUGGUUAUUUCAUUGACACAUAAGCUAAGUGGGGAUGACGGUUUGAUGGACUUGAAACAAUCACUCACGUGCCUCUUUUCUUCGUUUUCAAAGCUUGGCAUUGCUUCAUCAACUUCUUCGGCUCUCCUGGGCACAUGAACCGUGUAGCUAACAGUUGCUGCUGGUAGUAUAGAUUGGGAAUCCACGUCUGGAGUUUUGUUGCUGCUGGCAGUCUGAAACACAGUUGUACGUGUGUGUUAUAUUAGAUGAUAUUAUUCUGUUAAAUAUAUGCUUGGAAGUACUAUAUUCAGCAGAACUUGUUUAGCGUCAACAUGUUUCUUGAGAAAAAAUAGAUGACUAUCCCUAAAUAUUUUUUGGACUGACCGUGGUGACCACCAUGACAAACUGGGUUAUAUCAUCUGAGUUCAUAAGACCCCUAAAGGGGCGCAUCAUCGUCAGUCACACAAAGCAAGUACACGACCACCAUACUGGUGUAUGAGAUUAUAUAAGUUUUCUUAAAGCAGGAGCAAAUGGAUAAAAACAUGAGAACUAUGUGAAAGCAGGCUUGGGUCAAUGAGAUUAAAACAUACCAUAAGCCGAGUCGUUGUUGAGGCGUUUUUUGAGGUCAGUGCCUAGCAGAAAACGUUUUUGGCCAACAACAUCUGAAAGUUAACAAAUGGAAUUAAGAAUCAGUAGCUAAUAUGAAUGUACGGCGUUGGAGAAAUUUGACUGUGAUAUAUAAAACUAUACCGGGGGUUCUAAGUUUGUGUUUGCAAGAGCCUGGAGAUGAUCGAACCUCUGUCCAUCUUCCAACUUCAAACCUAUCAUCUAUGAUCGCUGCCGUCCGUAAAGAUUGUCGGUAAGAAGAGUUAAAUACGUAGACCAAUAGUUUUAGUUUUUAUGAAAUAUGGAAGGAAGAAAUCAUUCAUGUUAGAGUGAAGAUGACAGUACAUUUUCUUCUAGCAAAAGGAGGGUGAUUCCCAUAAAUUCACCAUUUUUAUUGAUGUUACGGGGAUCCCAGUAGCUGAGGAGACGGCCAACAACAAACUUGAGAAGACCGACAAAGGCGGAGAGCAUUGAAGGUGGUGGGGAGGACGGCAAUAGCAUCAGAGACAGACAUGCUCAACAAUUGAAAAAAAAGUGCUCGUAGAUAUGAGAGGUUGGACUCCUGGAUCUAGCAUGACCUAUAUAUAGUGAAGCCGUUCGUAUCAGUUAUGAGACGCUAGCGUUUUUGAUGGUGUGCGUAAAGAGGGGAGAUGAAGAGAUAGAGGGAGACUAAGAGUUCCAUGGAUUUGAUUGGAGAAGUUUAGACAGUAGCGUCUGUGUAUUGGAGGGGAGGCGCAGGAUUAGGAAAACCAUAGGUCUCAGUCGAAAACGAAGAGCUGACGACUUGCAGGCUUUUUAGGGCCAAUUUUAUGGUUUAUUAAGAUAGAAUUAGGCUUUAAUCAAAUGUAUAAGCUGAUGUAAUAGAUGGGCUAGCGAGUUUAAACAAUAAGCCCACAAAUCAAUCAGCAAAUAAUAGAGAACGUGAUUUGUAAAUCAUUUUAUUUAUUUGUGGGACAUUAUUAAACCGACCUUCAUAAAUAUAUAUUAGUUUCGGUCAUCAAUGUACAAAGUAUCUUUUAGUUUAGUGGUAUAAAUGUUGGUGUUUAUAUGUCAAUAACACGGGUUCGAGCCAUGGACUUGAUAUUUUUUCAUUUUUUUAAAAAGUGAGGUCCACAAAAUGCUGACGUGGCGCACUGAGGAGCCUUGAAACUGACUCAUUAUAAUGUUGACUAGAUUUUUUACUCGCGCUGCUUUAAUAAUUUAAUUUAAUUUUGCAAUAUUUUUUAAGAAAAAGAUGAAUUUCGUAAAAAAUAUUUUUAUUAAUAUUAUUAAAAUAUUAUUUGAUUUCCUAUUUACAUUAUUUUUAUAAAUUUGUUAUUUUUGAACUUAGCUAUUUAUUUGUUUGUAUUAUAAAUAUAAAAUUACUGUUACUAAAGUAUUUAUAGUUUCUUAUAAGUACAUAAUUUUAAUAUCACAUAGAUUUCUUAGUACAUAUACACUACUAUACUAUGCUAUACACUACUAUGAAUACUUUAUUAAUAAUUAGUUUUAUUUUUUAAUAAUAUUAAGAUAAUAUAAUAGAAAAUUGUUUUAUAUACAUUUUUCUAUGAAAUUUAUUUAAAGUGUGCUUUAUUAUUUUUCAUAGUUAAGUUUUUAUACAAUUUUACCAUUUAAAUAACUAAUAUUUAGAUAUCAGUUUGCUUGUAUACGUAAAUGUAUAAAUGUAUUUAUAAACAUGUGUAUAUUGUUUCUUAAUAAAAAAAUUAAAAGCGUCAUAUAGAUUGUUCCAUGCUUAUUAACUAAUACAAUAUUAAUACUGUUAUAAAUAUUUUAUUAUAAUUUUAUAUGUAUUUCUAUUUGAAUGACAUAAAAGAUUAAUCCUUAUGCAAUAUAUCUAACUUUUUUGUAUUUACCAAAUUUUUAGAAUGAAUGUAUUAUUAUAUACUUAUUUUAUGCAUAUUUGUAUUUAAAAUACUCUUAUUUAAUUCUUUUAAAUGCAUAUCGAAUAGUUUUAUAUGUAUAUUUAGGUCUAAAUCAUAAUAAAUAUUUUGAUGAAAUUUAAAUAAUAGUAACUAUCUGUUUGUUAGAUAUAAGAAAAGGAGAAAAUAUAUAUAUAUAAUUUAUGCUAAUAUUAAGUAAUAUUUUAUUUAUUAAAAUAAAAAAUAAAAAUCUAAAAAAUUAAAUAUAUCUCCUACUUGAUAUAGUUACAAUAUAAAUUAGUGGUGGGAUUAUGAUGUUUUAGCGGUUCACAAAAUGUUUUCCCCGAUUGAGAAGUUACUUUUCUCGGAAAAGGGUUACCAUGUACUUCGAUUUAUUAUUAUUAGUGACCUAAUUUAAAAAAAAAUAUUUUAGAUAAUAAAAAAAUUUAGGUAUGUUUCAUAAAAACAUGUUUGGUUAG